UAGUGAAACAAAAUCUAUACAUUUUCUUGCUGGGAUUGUUAUCAUGCAAAUCUUCAAGUUCAGGAGUCGACCGUUGCAGACCCUUUUUCUUAAUUAGAAAUCUCAACCGCUCAUCAAACACCAGCCCAAAAUAUCAACGGUUAAGAUCAAUUAUAUAUUACCAUCAAUCUCAAAGUUGUAGGAAAAAAAACAUGUUCAAAUUUCAAAAUUCAAAUGACCAUUAAAGCUGCGACAAUCUUCCCCUUUUUUUUGCUCUCUAUAUAAGUGUAUAGUGAAAUCCUCAAAGUACGCGCCUUUCUUUCUCCAUUUUCAACUUAUGAUUUGUUUCUUUAAAGAGGAGCGUCUCUUGUUUGCAUGAUCAAAGAAAAGAUAACACUCAAUAAGCUUUCUUGGCUUUUUGAGUUGUGAAAAAAAUGAUUUUACCUUUAAAGGGGUUUUUAGAUUAAUCAAGAUUGAAUUAUUAGUGAACCCCAUUUGGGGUUUUAAGGUUCUAAAAGAUUUAGUAUAUAGAUAGAAGGAAAUUCUUGAACUUUUGAGGGUAAUAGAUAAGAGGGGAAAUCUUGAAAUUUUGAGGGUAAAUGAUUUUAUAGUGGAAAAGUUUCAGUUUUGAGAUUUGAUAAAGAACCCCAUAUGAUAUCUUUGAUGAUUAAUGCUGAUAAAUGGUGUAAAGUUUCAAUCUUGAGCUUUGAUAAACCCAUUUAUGUUAUGGUGAAAAGGUUUCAUUUUUUAUCUUAAACUUGGGUUUUAGUCAUUUUAUGAGAAAGCCCCCAGUUGUGUCUUUAGGGAUUGAGAGGUUAAUUCAUGGAAGUUUGGAGUUUCUGAGCUGAAUUGAAUAUAAGGGGUGGAGUCUUUUGUAGUUGUUUACAAUGGGGGAGGAAAAAUCAUUAGAGAACAGAUUGAGAGCUUCAAGAUUUGCUGAUCAAAAUAAGGCACCAAAGGGUAGUAAUAGCAAUGUAAAAGGGAAUAGCAGUAUGUCAAAGGUGAGAUCUUCAUGGAGUUCUCAGAUUGUUAAGGGUUUAUCAGGGGAGAGAAAAACCAAGUUGCAAACCAUAAUUCAUGCCAAGAAAGAGCAGGUUUCUGGUAACGAAAACUCGAACCAGAAGAAUUCUUCUGGGGUUUCGCAGCCAAAAGUGAAGAGGUCUCUAAUGGGAGACUUGUCAUGUUCAGCCACUUCAACUCAAGUUCAUCCUCAAACAGUUAAUAUCAGUAGGACUAAACCUUCCGGUUCGCGUGAUCUAUUCCUUGAAAUUGAUCAUUUGAGGAGCUUAUUACAAGAAUCAAAGGAAAGGGAAUUGAAGUUGCAGGCUGAAUUAUCCGAAUUUAAGAGGAGUCCGAAGGCGGUUGAGCUUGAGAGGGAGCUCGAACUGAAGAAGAGUGAGAUUGAUAGCUUUAUCAAGAAAGUUGAAUUGAUGGAAUGUGAAAAGGAAGUCCUUUCUCAUCAACUAAAUUCAUUGACUGCUACUCUUGAGAGGCAAGAUGGGAUAUCCAACAGGGAAGAUGUCAAAAGUGUGACUAGUUUGGAAAUGGAGGUCGUGGAGUUGAGGCGCUUGAAUAAGGAGCUCCAGCUUCAGAAAAGAGAUAUUUCUUGCAGGUUGUCUUCCAUGGAGUCCCAGCUAGCCAUUGUUGGAAAAGUUCCAGAGGGAGAUACAAUUGAGAAUAUUAAAGCAGAGGCUUCUUUGUUGAGACACAAAAAUGAAAACCUUUGCAAACAAGUUGAGGGUCUUCAAAUGAGUAGGAUGAAUGAGGUUGAGGAGCUUGCCUACUUGAGAUGGGUGAACUCGUGUUUGCGAGAAGAGUUGCGCAGUUGCUCGUCCAUGACAUAUGAUAAGACUUCUAGCCCUUAUGGUAGUGAAAAAAGUAGGGAAUCACUUUGCUUGUCUUAUGAUCAUAGUGAUGAGGACUCAAAAGAUAGUAAUGCCAAGAGGUUAAGCCUCGUUAAGAAGCUAAAGAAAUGGCCUAUUACUGAUGAAGAUAUGCAACUAGCUGAGAGCCCAGAUGAUAGCAUUAAUCAUAGUUGGGAGGAUACACAAAGUUCUACUCGUAGACAUUCGAUAAGUGGAUCAAAAUUUUGUGGUGAGGACUUGAUAUUUAAUAAGAGAAGGCAAUCGGAUGUCUUCAUGUGUUCCAGGGAAGUGGAGAAGGAGAUUGAGCCUCUUGUAUCCCAACAUAAAUUAACCUAUCCUUUGGAGGUCGAGAAACGUGUCUUGCGGAUUCCUAAUCCCCCUCCGAGGCCUUCAUCUGUUGCUUUAGUUGAACAAGAAGGAGAAAUUUCUGUUCAAGUUCCUGGUCCUCCACCACCUCCCCCUCCUCCACCACCACCACCUCCUCCAAAACUUCCGGGAAAGACUACAUCAGGCAUGGUACAGAGAGCCCCUCAAGUAGUAGAGUUUUAUCAUUCACUGAUGAAGAGAGACUCAAGGAAGGAUUCAUUAAAUGGAGGAGUAUGUGAUGCAUCAAGUGUUUCAGACGUUCGUAGUAGCAUGAUCGAUGAAAUUGAGAAUAGAUCAUCAUAUUUGCUGGCUAUAAGGGCAGAUGUGGAGACUCAAGCAGAAUUUGUGAUUUCCCUUAUAGCAGAGGUCAAUAAUGCAGUUUAUUCAGACAUCGAGGACGUGGUUGCUUUUGUGAAAUGGCUCGAUGAUGAACUUUGCUUUCUGGUGGAUGAAAGGGCAGUCCUGAAGCACUUUGACUGGCCAGAGAGAAAAGCAGACACACUACGGGAGGCAGCAUUUGGAUAUAGAGAUCUCAAGAAGUUGGAGAAUGAAGUUUCAACUUACCAGGACGAUCCUCGGUUGCCAUGUGAUAUUGCACUAAAGAAGAUGAUUUCUUUGUCAGAGAAGAUGGAACGUAGUGUCUAUAACCUUCUUCGGACAAGAGACUCACUGAUGUGUCACUGCAAAGAGUUCAAAAUCCCCACACACUGGAUGCUUGAUAAUGGGAUAUUAAGCAAGAUAAAGUUUGGCUCUGUGAAGUUGGCCAAGGUGUACAUGAAGAGGGUAGCCGCAGAGAUUCAGUCCAAGGGACCAUUAGAUAAAGACACUUCCAUGGACUACAUGCUACUUCAAGGAGUGAGAUUUGCUUUCCGAAUUCAUCAGUUUGCUGGAGGAUUUGAUGCUGAAACUAUGCAAGCUUUCGAGGAGCUACGGGGCCUAGCACUUUCUUUAAACAAGAAAUAGAAGAUAGAGAUUUUUGUGAUUGAAGUACAAUUUUGAUACAGGGCUUACCAUCUCAGUAGCCAUCAAUGCAAGUAUUGACAUAUUUGUAAGAGAAAAAAAAAUAGAUAGUUUGUGGAAACAUGGUCGACAUCAAUGAUAUUCCUUAUCAUUGAUUAUUGCUUCUUGCUUUUGUUUCAAUAUUAUGCUUUGGGUGGAUUGAUUCUUGACAAAUGAUAGUAUGAUUUGAAUGUAAAGCUUGGUGGAAAAGCAGUUUGAACUUUUAUGCAAGUUUAUCAAUAUACUACUAGGCUUGAAGAAAGUUCGAAUUUUUAUGCAAGUUUUUUAUUUUAUCAAAAAUUUAA